GCGCUACACACUCGUGAUUUUAACUUCCUUGUUAUAAAGGAUUCAUUUGUGUUGGAAAAUGAGAGCUCUGAUAAUGAUUCUGAUCCUUAUGGAUUAUGUUAAGAAAGACUCAACUACAAAACCACCAUGCGUGCCAGUAUCAGAUUGCAGAGCAUGUGAGUAUUCUCCGUGUCUAAAUAACAGUACAUGUAUACCGAGGCCGAAUAAUUAUACCUGUUAUUGUAAGACCGGUUACCAAGGCAAACAAUGUGAUGAAACAUCUCCAACAACAGUGGAAAGCAGUGGUUCUCAAAUGGGUUCAACACCUGAAGCAACAACAACAUCUACACCCACAGCAGCAAAUACGCAUAAAGCAAAUACGACGACGAUGUCGACAUCAUUAGAAGGAAAUUCGACUGCUUCCUCAAGAGAACCAGAUACAACAUCAACACAAAAUACUACUGCGCCAACAACUAAUGAAGCAGAAAUAACUUUUAAUUCGUCGACUAAUGGAUCAACAAAUGUUUCUACAUCGGCGACCAUUUCAUCGUCAACCACUGAAGCAGAACCAUCAACACGGUCCGAAGAAGCAACUGCGAGUCCAUUAUUGGAUGCACCUAAAAAGUCAGUCCCCGUAUCCAUAGCCGGUUCUAUUGGCGGAAUUGUCCUUAUUGCCUUUUUAACAAUUGGACUGGUGAUCCUUUUCAGGAAAAGGAAACGGCGUACGGCAAGGGAGGACGACACAGUACAGAAAGGUAAUAUCCACUGUAAUCCUGCAUAUGAUGAACAUUGUUCCCCGUCUGCCGACAGCGUGUCGACUUCUUCCAAAGAUAGUGGAUUUGGUAAACAUGAUGAGUCUAUGGAAGCCGAAAUGAUUGAUGGUGAAUACAACACAUUGCGGCUACACUUUCCUGUUACCAACGAACAGCAAGAUAACACGUACAACCACAUUGACGGAUCUCUUACUGCUGAUUCGACGUACUCGCACAUUUCUAACACUAAAGAUGCCUUGUUCGACAAUACUUACUCGCACAUGUCCGAUGUCACCAAUGGUAAGUCAUUUGAACCUGAUGACAUAGAUGCAACCUAUAACCACUUGGGAGACUCUUGUUCUAGCAAACGUAAAGGCAAAACAGAAGAAAGUCGCGACGAGACAUACAACCAUGCACAAAUGAAUCAUGUUCGUCCAACGGCAGACCAAGAGGAUCAGGACGAUAAUUAUUCGCACAUUAACCUAUCUGGAUUGAAAGCUCAAAUGCCAAAUGCUGACGAACAUCGUGUUGAUGCGCAGGAACCGACACGUACAAAUGCCGAAAAUGCUAAGGCAAAACAUGUAACAAAGAUCGUUGACAAAGGGAAGAAACAGCAUAGUGACGCUGACAAAGUUUCUACGACGACUGCAGAGGGAGAUAACAAUUAUGAAGGUCACACUUAUUUUGUUCUGGAGUCCAAUACUGACCAACAUCCUAAACAAGCACCAUACGACUAUGCAGUAGUGGCAGCGCCAGAAAAAGACCCUACCGAGUUCACGGUUCUGGAAACAGAUACACAGCACGAAUACUUUGUCAUUGAGCCUACAACUGAGCUGCAGUAG